CCAUUUUAUCCCCUGGCUAAAAGCCUUUUAUGGACCUCACCUCCAUGCUGCUGUUGGGAGGGGCCCCGUGCUGUGGGGCAAGGGAGGGUUUGGGUAAUAACAGGCAUUUCUUUGUCUCUCCAGGCAAAGAGCUGCUAGUUCCACUCACCAGCUCUAUGUACGUCCCCGGGAAGCUCUCUGAUGUUGGCCACGUGCUGGUGGAUGUGGGGACGGGCUACUAUGUAGAAAAGACUGCAGACAAUGCCCGCGAUUUCUUCAAGAGGAAGAUUGAUUUUCUGACCAAACAGAUGGAGAAGAUUCAGCCGGCGCUGCAGGAAAAACACACCAUGAAGCAAGCUGUGAUGGAAAUGAUGAGCCAGAAGAUCCAGCAGCUAACAGCCACGGGGGCGUCACAGGCUGUGGCAACAAGGGCAUAGCCUGUGGCAUCCGUCCCCAGCCCCAUGGGCCCCACACGCCGCGGUGCUGCACUUGGACUGAGGCAUUUUGUUCUGUUACAAGCAGAGUCUUAAAAUCACCGAGGAAGCAGCUGGAGCUGAAACUGCCUGGCCCCAGCCGCCAGGAGGCAUCUGCUCUCUGUGCUGGUGGCUGUUACACAUGCGCAGCCUGGGGGGGCUUUCCCCUUGUGUAUGCGGCAGGUGAUCUCCCUGGGAGAGAAAUUAAACAGUUGCUGACUGGG